AUGACUGAAAAGACAACAUUCGGCGAUGUCGACUACGCUUCGCGCAAGGACGACUAUGCUUCCCACAAAGAGCAGACAAUUCAUGAUGAAGCUCCUGCCCGCCAGGCUUCUGUCGCCCUCAACAUUGUUGACAACCCUCUGAGAGUACGCAGCUAUGCAUUCCUCGAUCUCGCGAAAUUCUCAGAAUUGAAGCUGAUUACAUCAACANNGCGCGGCAACAAGGAGACUACCGUCCACGAUGCCAGGACAUUCGCUGAAUCGAACGGCAUGGCCGACCAUGCAGCUCUCUUCGGCAGAGCCGCUCUUGUCGCUCGCGAUCCCCAGAACUUCGAGUCAAUCCCCGACCUUACAGAGGAAGAGCGUGCAGCACUCAUCUACGAAAGAGACCACAAAUGGCAUGGACCUAAGAUGCUCUGGUUCUCAAUUGGUCUUUGUGCCAUCGGUGCUGCUACACAGGGCUGGGAUCAAACCGGUUCAAACGGAGCCAACUUGUCUUUCCCUGAAGAAUUUGGCCUCACUGGAACCGCAAGGGGCGAGUGGAUCGUUGGUCUCAUCAACUCUAUCAUUUUCUUGACUGCUGGUCUCAUAGGUGAAAUCUUCCUCACCGCUGCCUGUCUUACCGCCACUCCUAUCGGUUCCGGGUUUGCACAAUCAUGGCAUGGUCUCUUCGCUGCUCGUUUCGUCAUGGGUAUUGGCAUUGGUGCAAAGAACGCUACCGUCCCAAUUUACUCUGCUGAGAUGGCACCUGCUCGCAUCCGUGGCGCUCUUGUCAUGUUCUGGCAGCUUUGGGUUGUCAUUGGUAAGAUCGUGGAACUUACGAGAUACUUUGGAUACUUGAUACUGAUCAUUCUUCUUNNAGGUAUUUUCCUUGGAUUCUGCGCAAACGUUAUCGUCAAGGAUGUCCCUCGCAUCGCAUGGCGUCUCCAACUCGGAUCUGCAUUUAUCCCAUCUUUUAUCCUUAUGUGUGGUAUUUACUUCUGUCCAGAAUCUCCCAGAGUCAGUGUUUUCUGUGUCCAAAGAUUUCGAACAAACAUACUGACUCAACGCAGNUGGUUGAUGAAGCACGGCAAAAUAGCAAAGGGCUUCGAGUCCAUGGCCAAGUUGCGUGCACACCCCAUCAUCGGCGCAAGAGACUACUACUACUCCUACGUUAUCUACGUGGAGGAGCUCAAGGUUGCCCAGGGUUCGACCUACUUCACUCGUCUCAGGGACUGUUUCACUGUACCUCGCAUUCGUAGAGCCAACUAUGGUGCCUCGACUGUUAUGCUUGCUCAGCAGAUGUGUGGUAUCAACAGUAGCUCCACCAUUUUCACCAACGCCAAGUACACAUCUGACCAGGCUUUGUACGCUUCUCUCGGCUACGGUGCCAUUCAAGUUGUUUUCACGAUUCCUACGCUCUUCAUGAUCGAUACCCAAGGUCGAAGAAAGCUGUGUCUGAUCACAUUCCCUCUCAUGUGCAUCUUCUUGCUAGCGGCAGGCUUGUCGCUGUUGCAACCUGAAAGUGUUGGAAAAUCUGCCAGAGUUGGACCCGUUAUCUUGUUCGUCUACCUCUUCACCAUCAUGUACUCUUUGGGAGAAGGCCCUGUGGCAUUCCAGUACUCGGCCGAGGUCUUCCCCACCAUCCAGCGUGAGCAGGGAAUGGCAUGGGCUGUCUGCAUCAACAACACCUUCGCUGGAAUCCUCAGUUUGACAUUCCCUCGUAUGUCAUCCGUCAUGACCCAAACCGGUGCCUUUGGUUUCUACGCCGGCCUCAACCUGAUCGCUUGGGGCAUGAUCUUCUGCUUUGUCCGCGAGACCAAGCAACUCACCCUGGAGGAAAUCGACCAAGUCUUCUCGGUUCCCACAAGAGACUUCCUCAGGUACGAAACCGGCACCUGGUUGCCUUGGUUCGUCAAACGCCACCUCUUGUUCCAGAAGAACACUCCCAAGCCCCCACCACUCAUCGAGAAGGCCAGCUGGACUGAAAAAGUCGAGCCUGUGACUGCUUGA